AACGUCUUCAAGUCACCCAUCACCCCCUCCACUCUCUCCAUAGCCGUGCCCUGGCGUACCCUCUGGCUUACUCCGUCUCGGCCCUCCAUUAAUCUCCUCAAUUGAACCCGAUUUCGACGUGGUGCUCCCACCUCCCGCCUGCCGCACAAUGUUUCUUCGCACCGUCUCUCGCGCUGUUCCUCGCAGCACCGCGGCCAUCCGUGUCGCCCCUGCCUCUGUGAACGCCAUCCAGACCCGCGCUGCCUCUGACCAUGCCAUCGCCAACCCCACUCUCGCCAGCAUCGAGAAGCGCUGGGAGGGUAUGCCUCCUCAGGAGCAGGCCGAGCUCUGGAUGCAGCUCCGUGACCGCAUGAAGGUUGACUGGCACCAGUUGACCCAGCAAGAGAAGAAGGCCGCUUACUACAUUGCCUUCGGUGCCCACGGCCCCCGCGCCCAGGCCCCCAAGGGCGAAGGCUGGCGUGUCCUGAGCAAGGUUGUGCAGCUGACUGUUGCCUCCGUUGCCAUCUUCUACGCCGUCCACGCCUUCGCUGGCAAGCAGCCCGCUACCAUGUCCAAGGAGUGGCAGGAGGCCUCCAACGAAUAUGCCCUGAAAGAGAAGAUCAACCCCAUCCACGGCAUCAGCAAAGAGGGUUACGAAGGCAAGGGCUUCGUCCAGAGCCCCCUGCCGAGAAGUCAUAGAUGUACCGGUUCGAUCGGGAAUGAAGCGAUAUCUGAGCAGGACGGACGACGGCACCCAUAUGACAUCGAUGUCGAUUUUCUCAUAAGCUCUUCUGGCCAUGUUCACCAUGUCUAUUUACCGGAGGAUGGGCCCUCGCCCGUUCGCGCGGCACUCGAUAAUUCCCUAUUUCUGUCCCCUUUGGCAAGCAUCCGAAAAUGCGUGUAUCCCGUACUGUGCUAUCAUCAAUGUAUCUCUUUUGUAGCCAUAGAGAAUAUGUUUUCAUCUAUUUUUGUGUCUCUAUAUCUUGUGUUAUGUUGGUGUUGUGGUCCCCCUGUUGGAAUCCGAAUGGCGUGGUGUGUCUACGGAGUGAUUCGGAACAGACGUAAGUGCGGAGAAUCCCUGUAGCAACAAGGUACGGUUAAAUUCCUGGCAAUUGGGGGAUAUUUCAGUGUAUAUACACAUACAGUACAGUCAGUAACUCAUGUAACUAAAGC